AUGGCGAGCGUCCCUGUCGAGGGCAGCCCCUACAAGACCGAUCAACUUAUGAAAGACAAUACUGAUUCUUCAAUUGGGGAAGGGGUGCCAAGGGGAACUGGUAAUCCGUCCCAAAAUACGUCGUUCACGGAAAGAUUACUUGGUAUUAGAAGAAGGAGAGCAUCUUCAAAGGUUCAGAUCAAACCGGGAGAUGUAAUCAUGGAAAAGAAGAGAAAAAAAAAGGUGCUUUACGGUGGACCCUGGUUUGUCAGACCUUGCUGCUUGGCUGUUCAAAGAUGGAUACCCGGAUUCAGGGGCUCGAUGGUCACCGUCAACAUGAUGGUGACCUGGAUCCGUCUAAGCCUUCCCAUUGAAUACUUUUACGAAAUCGUGUUAUUUUCAAUUGGCAAUUUUGUUGGCCGGACAUUGAAAAUCGAUGAGAAAAAUUUGAAUGCCAAUAGGGGGAAAUUCGCUAGGGCUGCAGUGGAAUUGAACUUGAAUGAACCAUUAUCCCCUAUUUUCAAGAUUGAAGAUAGGUGGCAAGGGGUAGAGUAUGAAGGUCUUCUGGUGAUUUGCUACAACUGUGGCUGCGUGGGUCAUGGGAGCGAUCUGUGUCAACUAGAGCCGAGGAACCUGUCUCCGAGAACAAAUCCGGUGGUAGCUGCGGACCAAGGUGAGGAGAAGCAGAAUUCGGAGAUCCCAGUUCCGACACCACUUAAGGGUGUCUUAGGGGAGGAGGAAUAG